CUUCGCUUUAUAAAUGAAAACCCAAGGAAAGUUAGCCCCUCUCAGAGUGUCUCAAGAUUAUCAAAAGGAUAAGACCAAAAGGCAAAUUAUGCCAAGGAGCACUUCCUUUGUGAUCUCACCCAAGAGUUUCAAGAUCAAGAAAAUCCAAAGAACACACCAUCGAAACAGCAACAAUGAUGUCCAUUUUGAGAAGUUUGAAGAGUCUAGAGCAAGAUUUGAGAGGAGGAAGCCUGCUCUUCUGUUACCUCUCAAUGACAUCAAAGUUGUCAAUCAAGAGGUCUGCCAAAACUCAAUUGAGAUCAACCAGACCAACUCUCAAACAAAUCUGGGGUUGCAAAACCAAGGCUCAGACGAGGCAAGAGACUGGUCUUCCUCAGAGGAAGAGAAAUAUGAGCAAGACAAGAAAAUGGCCAUGUUCUACAAAGAAGUCGAACGUAAAGUUAAACAGAAGGAAUGGGCCAAACGACACUUAGACUUCCUUAAAGCCAGGAAGGAGAACGAGAAGUAUAACACAGAGAUAGAUUCUCAGAUCCAGCUUUAUCGAGAAAUCUUACAAUAUCCUAACAAGCUUGGAAAAAUUAAGAAAUAAGCUGAAUAAUCCGAAGAAAAAGAAACAAAGAAGACUUAAAAGAGUCAGGAAUACCCACUCAAUGCCUGAUCUGACCAAUAUAAUACAGAAGAGAUCUUUCUUGCCGCAGGUAAAUUGAGGUGAGAAGGCUCAGGAGACUUAUGGAAAGGUUUCUCAGCCAAGUCAUAUAAAUUCCUCAAAUAAUACCAUACACAUUUCCUCAAAGGCAUCAAAAGGGCUGAAUUCUGGAUCUAAGAGGGAAGAAAGGCUUCAAAGCUCAAUAAAAUACUACAAAGAUUUGUAUUCCUCAAAAAUACGCAAGAAAAACGUACAGAACUUAGGAAAGCCCAGCCUGAACCUGCUUCCUUUCCAGUACUCUUUGCAGUCCGUAAAGCCCCUUCAGACUGCUGCUUCCAAGCUGGUAAAGUCUUAUCACAAGUCAACCAAUUUCCGAAAAUAGAAAUUUCGCAGUUCAACGUCA